GCGCGAGCCGGGCCAGUCAAUCAGCCGCAGAGCUGAGAAGGGCACAACCGUGCGGCCGAGGGCAGUGAGCUGAGCCGAGCUGGGUGAGCGGAGCAGCGCCGGGUAGCCGGAGCCCCGCGCCAGCGAUCACCCGCCGACGCCGCCCACACUCUGCUCUCCUGCGACGCCUGCCACCUUCCCUUCCUUCCCUGAGCCCCUCCGCCCCUAGCCAGCUGACCCGGGAUCUCUAGUCUUUGGAGCCCCGAGGUCACCGAUCCUCGUCCUAGUUCUCUUGGGUCCCGUGCCCAUUCCACGCCUUUUUCCUUGUACCCCACCCUGGCUGGGCGCCUGGCACGGGGGACCGUUGCCUGACGCGAGGCCCAGCUCCACUUUUCGCCCGCGUCUCCUCCUCUUGCCCUCCUCCUCCUUUGCUACCAACUCCAACUCCUCGUUUCUCGCUCCACUCGUGAGUCCUUGACUCCGCGCCUCUCCGCCCGCUCCGCAGCACCGCUUCCCAUCCGGUCUCAUUCUGUCCCCCAAAGGUGGGAGCGCGUCCGCCCGGGUCCGCACCAUGGCACGGUUAGGCUUACUCGCGCUUCUCUGCACCCUGGCCGCGCUCAGUGCCUCGCUGCUGGCUGCGGAGCUCAAGUCGAAAAGUUGCUCGGAAGUGCGACGUCUCUACGUGUCCAAAGGCUUCAACAAGAAUGAUGCCCCGCUCUAUGAGAUCAACGGUGACCAUUUGAAGAUCUGUCCCCAGGGCUAUACCUGCUGUUCUCAAGAGAUGGAAGAGAAGUACAGCCUGCAAAGUAAAGACGAUUUCAGAAGUGUGGUCAGUGAACAGUGCAAUCAUUUGCAAGCCAUCUUUGCAUCCCGUUACAAGAAGUUUGAUGAAUUCUUCAAAGAACUACUUGAAAAUGCAGAGAAAUCCCUGAAUGAUAUGUUUGUGAAGACAUAUGGCCACUUAUACAUGCAGAAUUCAGAGCUAUUUAAAGAUCUCUUCGUAGAGUUGAAGCGCUACUACGUGGCGGGAAACGUGAACUUGGAAGAAAUGCUAAAUGACUUCUGGGCUCGCCUUCUGGAGCGCAUGUUCCGCCUGGUGAACUCUCAGUACCACUUUACAGAUGAGUACCUGGAAUGUGUGAGCAAAUACACAGAGCAGCUGAAGCCCUUUGGAGAUGUCCCUCGGAAACUGAAGCUCCAAGUUACACGUGCCUUUGUUGCAGCCCGGACUUUUGCUCAAGGGUUAGCAGUUGCAAGGGAUGUCGUGGGCAAAGUCUCUGUGGUGAACCCCACAGCACAGUGCACGCAAGCACUACUGAAGAUGAUCUACUGUUCCCACUGCCGGGGCCUGGUGACUGUGAAGCCCUGCUACAACUACUGCUCAAACAUCAUGAGAGGCUGUUUGGCCAACCAGGGAGACCUCGAUUUUGAGUGGAACAAUUUCAUAGAUGCUAUGCUGAUGGUGGCCGAGAGGCUGGAGGGCCCUUUCAACAUUGAGUCGGUUAUGGAUCCCAUCGAUGUGAAGAUUUCUGAUGCUAUUAUGAACAUGCAGGAUAAUAGUGUGCAAGUGUCUCAGAAGGUUUUCCAAGGCUGUGGGCCUCCAAAGCCCCUCCCAGCUGGACGGAUUUCUCGUUCCAUCUCUGAAAGUGCCUUCAGUGCUCGAUUCAGACCUUAUCAUCCAGAGCAACGCCCAACCACAGCAGCUGGCACUAGUUUGGACCGACUGGUUACUGAUGUCAAGGAGAAACUGAAACAGGCUAAGAAGUUCUGGUCCUCUCUCCCAAGCACUGUUUGCAAUGAUGAGAGGAUGGCAGCGGGGAAUGGCAAUGAGGACGACUGCUGGAAUGGCAAGGGCAAAAGCAGGUACCUGUUUGCAGUGACAGGAAAUGGAUUAGCCAACCAGGGCAACAACCCAGAAGUCCAGGUUGACACCAGCAAACCAGAUAUACUGAUCCUUCGUCAAAUCAUGGCCCUUCGGGUUAUGACCAGUAAAAUGAAGAAUGCUUACAAUGGAAAUGAUGUGGACUUCUUUGAUAUCAGUGAUGAAAGCAGCGGCGAGGGAAGCGGAAGUGGAUGUGAAUAUCAGCAGUGCCCUUCGGAGAUUGAGUACAAUGCCACUGACCAUUCUGGGAAGAGUGCCAAUGAGAAAGCCGACAGUGCUGGUGCCCAUGCCGAGGCAAAGCCCUACCUCCUCACUGUCCUUUGCCUCUUGUUCUUCGUUGUGCAGAGAGAGUGGAGAUAAUUGUCAAACUCUCAGUAAAAGUGUUCAUCAUCAGAAAGUUAAAAGGCACCCGUUCUCACUUUUUUACCAUCCUAGUGACUUUGCUUUUUCAAUGAAUGGACAACAAUGUACAGUUUUUACUAUGUGGCCACUGGUUUUAAGCAAUGUUGACUUUGUUUUUCUCCUUCAGUUUGAGGGGACAGCAGGGAUUCCUGCGAUUUUAAGUUUGGUCGUGCUCCUUCAGAAUCGUGUUAAAUGUGGCUAACAGUGUAGAGACAGAACUGUAGUUAGUCGUACAUUGUGAUCUUAUCACGAUUGUUUUGUUCUGUUUUUUUUUCCUCUCUCAUUUUAUUUGUGGGGUUUUUCCUUUCGAAUUAUGAUCUCACCUUGUUUCUUACAAGAAAACCAGGGUCCUUUCUUGGCAUGUAACAUGUACGUAUUUCUGAAAUAUUAAAUAGAUGUACAGAAGCAGGUUUAUUUAUCAUGUUAUCUUAUUAAAAGAAAAAGCCCAACAAGCCGUAAAAUUUCCAUUUAUCCCUGUUAUUUGAGCUGCCUUAUCUCGAGAGGAGUGGAGGCGACUGGGUUUUCUUUCUUUUGUUUGUUUGUAUUCAAUUAGCCAGAAUGUGAAGGCACAAGCAGGCUUCCAAGCCACUUGCCAGAUUGUAUUCAAACACCAGUGCAAGAAGAGAGUUUAGACUUCACUCAUAGUUGGGUGCAGGGAGAGACUUCAGACCACCCAUUUUGAUUGAGUGAACUCACAUAUAGUUCAGUUUCUUGAACCCACCCAUACUUAAAGUGUACCACAUCCAGGAAAAUAAAGAUUCUUGAUGUAGUUGCCCUUGAAAGAUGAAAGGUACUCAGGAUGCCCCACUUAUGCCGUGUACACACUUGGACUUGGGUGUAUAGUAAAAACCAGGCAAGUUAGGAAGCUGCAAUGUACCAGUUUCUGUAUCCAUGCUGAUACUCUAGUAUUGUAUCCCAAUGGCGGUAGCAGGUGACCAAUAAUCUCAUUUGUUCCCCUGUGUUGGAGUGAUCCAGAUUUCUGACCCACUGACCACGCUGGGAAGAGUGCCAUAAAAGGGGAGCUGUCUGGCAGCUAGCCAGAACUGGGGUACAGCCUGGGCUCAGGGAAUAGCUGUCACCACUCGCUCAAGCAGAGUUUUUGUCUGUGUGUAUAUAUUUGCAUUUUUUUAGACUCCGGUUUUUAAAAGCGAGUGUAAGGUUAUCUCAUUUGAUUGAUUUUCCUCGCCACUCACUUUGGAGCAGUUAAAUGAAGGACCCAGAGUGGUUUGCAGCCAUUUGCUCUCCAUCCUACCAAAGGAGCCCACGAGAGGAGAGCUGGCUGUCUAGAUUUUUGUAUUGUAUUUUUUGUGGGAGGAAUGCGAGUAGAUAGAGCUGAGAAGACCACAUCUCCUUGGUGACCGCUAGCCACAUGGGUGAACUGGCAAAGCCCUAACUUGUCCCAGGCCAAAGACUUGUCCACUGCCUUGCCCCCUUGGAAGCCCUUUUCUUGUGUCCAAAUGACCAGUCAGAAAAUCUAGAGAAUGUAGCAGAUCAUUUCAAAAUGAGUUCUGAAAGAGCUUGAGAAAGACUACCACCAUGCACGUUUCUUCCUGCUCUAAAAGUCAGUAAGAUCUCUGAAUUCUACAGAACCAGAAGCCCACAGACAAGUUGUUCCAUGUUACUGUUCAAUCUUCAGUUGUAAGAGGAAAGCUCUAUUUUUAUAUUGAAACACAAUUACUUGAUAGCUCAGGGUCUACAUUUCACUUAACUUUUUACACCAAAUUCUGCAGAAUGGUCAAAAUGGAAUAUUGGGGGCUGUUGUAAACAGAGGCUUAAUUUUAUUAGAAGUAGCCAGUUAUUUAUUAAAGCACGAUGUUAAUAAAAUAGGCAUAUUCUGGCUGGUGUGUAUAAGUGGUUUUUUUUUUUUAAGCAAAUCACAGGAAACAUAGCUCCAUUUAUAUACGAGGAAAAAUAGAUUGUAAAUAGCUGGGCUGCCUUGUGAGAACUUGGAAAAUGUGCUGAUAGUUAGUAAGUACCUCAGUUGUGAGGAAUUUCCUUUUUAGCUUAGACUGCUAUUACUUUUACUUGGUAGAAAUGAAUCUGGUCUCUAAAAUAUGGCUCAAAGAUUUAUCCCUGUAGACCUUGUUAGAUUGUUUUUAAUUUAAAACCUUGAACUCUGCCCAGCUGUUUUCUUUCAGUCAAGUCCUCCAAACCAAUAACAUUUUCCAAAUUAAAUAUUCUUGAAGGUUUUUCUGGACGCUUACUGAUUUGUUUUCUUUCUUUACAUUUUUCCUCUGUUACCCUUUUAUUAUUUAAAUUGUCUCUUGCUUUUGAACUUGAACUAUGAAAUAAACAAAUCAUAGAUUUUUCCAUUCAGGUCUGACUGGACAACUUUGGCUUUUCACCAGCUGGCAGGCUUACCCUCACCACCACCCCUCCCCCCCAAAAAGAGAAUAAAAGCAAGUUGAGUAUUUGAAAAACCCUUGGAGUUUGAAGUAUGAGGCAGAAUAAAAGCCUUAGGAGCAGACCUGACUUCUCCAAAGUUAGCAGCAUGUGAAGGAGCUGAAUUUUACCAAGUUAUUUAUAAAGUAAUUUUCUUUCAAACACUUCACUGACUCUGCAUUUAAGAAAAAAAUAUGGAAGGGAUUGUCAGAAAGGGGAUUGCAAAGCAAAAUAGACAAAAAUUUCGUAAGGUAGAUUGUAUAUUAUUUUUAAAUGGGCGAGCACCUAUUAUUUGGAUAAAAGUAAAAACUGCAAAGAAUUGAUUUGCACCUUUAAACUUGAAUUAGACAUUUAGAAACCUAAAAGUUUACAUGAAAUAUAAAGUGUAACUUGUGAAAAUAGAACCAAUAAUAAAGUAAGUUUAGAUGAUGCCACAUACAAUUCAACUUCC